GCCAAAAUUACUCUUUAAAUAGAGGACGUUAUCGCUAAAACAGAUACACUUAAUCGAUUGUUGACUUUCGUUUGACGUUGGUGCCUCAUUAAGCCAUCGUUGAACUACUUCUCUUAUUUCUUACAGUUUAAAGAAAGACAAGUUAAAAAUGCGUGAGGUGAUUUCUCUACACAUUGGCCAAGCUGGUGUCCAAGUAGCAAACUCUUGUUGGGAACUCUAUUGUUUAGAGCAUGGUGUGAACGCUGACGGUACCAUUGACAAACAAGGGAACACAGCAAACGAGGAGGCAUUUGGUACUUUCUUCACUCAAACGAGUUCUGGACGAUAUGUGCCUCGUUGCGUCUUCGUAGACUUGGAACCUUCUGUUGUAGAUGAAGUUCGUACCGGUGCUUAUCGUCACCUUUAUCACCCCGAGCAACUCAUUUCGGGAAAAGAAGACGCUGCUAACAAUUAUGCUAGAGGACACUAUACUAUUGGAAAAGAGAUUGUUGAUCUUACUUUGGAAAGAAUUCGAAAGCUAGCGGAUAACUGUUCUGGAUUACAGGGAUUCUUGGUGUUUCACUCUGUUGGAGGAGGUACUGGAGCAGGCUUCGGCUCGCUUCUUUUGGAACGGCUCUCCGUUGACUAUGGCAAAAAGUCUAAGCUCGGCUUCACUGUCUAUCCCUCUCCGCAAGUUUCUACUGCGGUUGUAGAGCCCUACAACUCUGUCUUGUCUACUCAUUCUCUUUUGGAGCACACUGAUGUUGAUGUUUUGCUUGACAAUGAAGCUAUUUAUGACAUAUGUCGUCGAUCCUUAGACAUUGAGAGACCAUCUUAUACUAACUUGAACAGAUUGAUUGCCCAAGUUAUUUCGUCCUUGACAGCUUCUUUGAGAUUUGAUGGAGCUCUGAAUGUUGAUAUCAAUGAAUUUCAGACUAACUUGGUGCCAUAUCCAAGGAUUCACUUUAUGUUGUCUUCAUAUGCUCCUGUGUUGUCUUCAGAGAAGGCUUAUCAUGAGCAAAUGUCUGUGGGCGAAAUUACUAGUUCUGCGUUUGAACCUUCUAAUAUGAUGGCUAAAUGUGAUCCCAGACAUGGAAAAUAUAUGGCUUGUUGUCUAAUGUACCGAGGAGACGUUGUUCCAAAGGAUGUCAACGCUGCUGUUGCAUCUAUUAAGACGAAACGUACUAUUCAGUUUGUGGAUUGGUGCCCAACAGGAUUCAAAUGUGGAAUCAACUAUCAGGCUCCUUCUGUCAUUCCUGACUCAGAAUUGGCGAAGGUCCAACGCGCUGUUUGCAUGAUCUCAAACAGUACUGCCAUUUCUGAAGUCUUUGCUAGAAUCGAUCAUAAGUUUGACCUUAUGUAUGCAAAGAGAGCUUUCGUUCAUUGGUAUGUAGGAGAAGGUAUGGAGGAAGGUGAAUUUUCGGAGGCACGUGAGGAUCUUGCAGCUCUUGAGAAAGAUUAUGAAGAGGUUGGCAUGGAUUCCAAUGAUGCUGAAGGUGAUGAGGAGUUUUAAAACCAUUAGUCGUUCCUUUCUUGUUUAGUUUGGUUUCUUUGUUGCAUGAAAUAAAACAUUAGCCUGAGUUUUGCAAAAGCAAGAAAUAUUUAUUUUGUCAU